AUGGUUUUGGUAGCUGUAGGUCAGAUGUGCUCCUCAUCAUCUCUGGUGGAGAAUGCAGUGUCCGCAGUUCGGCUGAUCACACGUGCAGUAUCGCUUAACUGCAAGGUGUUGUUCCUACCAGAGGCGGCUGACUAUAUUGCACGAAACGCGGCGCAUUCGAAGGAGAUUGUGAAGCCAGUGACUGAAUCUCCAUUCAUAAUUGAGAUCCAGAAGACACUGAAGAAGUUUCAUGCUGAAGGAAAGUCGAUAUUCGUUAGUGUGGGGGUUCAUGAGCCCUCUGAGACCUCCGACAGGGUCAAGAAUACACUGUUGUGGAUUUCGGACAAAGGCAAAAUCGAGCAGAGAUAUCAAAAGGUUCACCUUUUUGAUGUUGAAAUCAAGAAUGGUCCCAUUUUGAAGGAAAGUGCCUCUGUGGAGCCGGGUAAUGAGGUAUUGAAGCCAUUUGAAACUCCAGCUGGAAAGCUGGGGAGUGCAAUUUGUUAUGAUAUCCGAUUUCCAGAGAUAGCCCUCAGAUUAAGGACUCUGGGGGCUGAGAUCAUUCAAUUUCCUUCUGCUUUUACCAUGAGAACCGGGGUUGCGCAUUGGGCACUCCUAGGCCGUGCAAGAGCAGUUGAUACUCAAUGUUAUGUGGUGAUGGCAGCUCAAUCCGGAUCCCACAAUACCAGCGCUGAUAAGCCUCUGGCAGAAGGCGAGACUGCCACCAAACGGGAAUCUUACGGUCACUCGAUGAUCAUCGACCCUUGGGGAACCGUUCUGGCUGAGUGUUCGGACAUUUUGCCUGGAAAGGAAGACAUUUGCCUUGCGGAUAUUGAUCUUGAGAGAUUGGAAUCUUUUAGACAAAAUAUUCCGUUGUGGACGCAGAGGCGUCCUGAUGUUUUUGGCUACGACGUAUAG